UCGAAUGAUCUUUAGGUUGAUGUGCUCCCUUACGUGAGCACAUCCGAUCUUGCAAACGCUUAUCGUGAGGGCUGAUUGAUUCUUCGUUGUCGAUUGAUGAUCAGGUAGCAAGUUGGAGGUUGGUGGAGGUGGUGAGAUUGAAUGCGUCAAGUGUGAAGGAAAAGCAAAGGAUGGGCGGUCGGAGUAACUGCCAUGAAGCAUAGCUUAUGAGAAGGAACAAGAUAGAAGGAUGGAAGAGACGACUUCGAAAGCGCGUGGUUGUUUUCCAGAACUAAUAAUAAUAAUCUUCCGAGAGUAAAAGUGAGGAAGACGAUGAAACUCGACGAGGGUUUCGUUAACGCGUUGAGGUUAUGUACUUCUUAUCUCCUUAAUGAGAAGGACAGAAAGGGGCUUGUUGGGACCUGGCGCUGAAGUCAGACCCAGAGGAUUGGACAGAAUAAAUUUAAGAUGUAUGCUAUCCAGCCAGGUCGAUGGACGAGCAUUUUGGAAAAGGCAACAUAACUGGUGGAGCUACGUCUAGACUCCUGGCUCAACAGUGAGAAGGGCAUAAGGACGUGCGGGCCAGUUUUUUCUGGAUUAUAUACGAAGGACGCGUGAUUCGUCCCUCGGGAAUGGCAUCACAAAUUACUCCCGUUGAGGCUGCCAGAGAUGCUUCUCCACGAAUUGGAGUUGCUCACAGGAACGGGGAUUCGGAGCCUCUACUCCGUGCCAGUGGCGUGAAACUGAGGCGAGAGCUAAGCCUCUUUGAUUCUCUCAGUAUCAACGUGGGGAUCAUAGUUGGUAGUGGGAUAUUUACUUCACCCGGAGUGGUGCUGCUAGCUGCUGGAAGUGUUGGCGCGGGUCUCCUAUCGUGGGUUGUAGCUGGAUUGUUGGCCCUUUUAUCAUCACUUACAUUCGCAGAACUAGGAGCAAGCAUACCAUUGGCUGGCGGAAGUGGCGCAUUUUUCAAGGUGGCAUUUGGGAGACCCUGGUCUUUUUUCUAUGUUUGGACUAUGUUCUUCGCCGUCACGGCGGGAAGUAUUAAUCUUAUUGCCACUUCGUUUGCUCAGUAUCUCUUAUCCGGUAUUUCAUCUGUUGAAAUAGAACAUGGGGAACUGAAUGGCGAUGUGCGAGUCAAGUACAUUGCCAUAUUGUGCGUUGUCAUGCUUACUUUUUUGAAUUGUGCCGGUGUUCGUUUUGGUGCCGUGGUACAGAAUCUACUUGGCGCUUGUAAGGCUGCCCUUGUUGCAUUGGUUGUUGUCUUAGGCAUCAGCUUCUACAUCAACGAUAGAACAGUGCUGGAAAGGAAUAUGUCACAGCCUUUUAGAGGAUCUUCACUCUCUGGGUUUGGUCCAAGUAUGGUGGCUGCCCUGUGGGCUUUUUGUGGGUGGGGUGAUGUUGUUUUUCUUGCGGAGGAGAUGAAAAAUCCAGAGAAAGAUAUUCCUCGUACAGCCUUUUAUUCAAUUGCAAUCGUGACAAUAACUUAUCUAGCUGUCAACUUGUCAUUCCUUUCUGUGCUUCCUUCCACAGAUGUGCAGUCGUCUGUCACUGUCGCAAUGGAUUUGGGAAAGGUAGUUAUAGGUCAAGGUGCAGGAAGGUGGAUAGCCAUCAUAGUCUCUAUCUCACUGUUGGGUUCAAUUAACGGUGUUAUCAUGUGCGGUGGACGCUAUCUGUAUGGUGCUGCAAAAAGUGGUGAAGCCCAUCGUUGGUUGGGGUAUGUCAGUGAGUUAACUGGUGCUCCAACUACAGCUCUUAUAUUCCAGGGCGCUUGGUCUGUCCUCCUCCUCUCAUGGUCCAGCAACUUCUUAGAGAUUCUUAGCUACUUCGGGGCAGCAUCGUUUUUUAUUUACGGCCUAAGUGCUGCGGCCCAAAUUCAGAUACGCCACAAGCUGCCUGAUUUACAUCGCCCUUACGGAGUACCCUUCCAUCCAGUGGUACCCAUUAUAGUCAUUUGUACUUGCGUGUAUUUGGUCUUCUCAACAAUAUCGUCCAGCUUCUUCCAAUCUGCAUGUGCUUUCGUAUUCAUGUUCGUAUCCUUCCCCGUCUACUAUUUUCUGGUGAAAGGGAGAAACCCUGGUGGCGACACUGAGACUGAUGUAACUUCGUCCCUCCUGAUGUAACUUCGUCUGACCUGUCUAGUUCGCACCUCCAUUCUUUAUAUCCAGCUUUCCAACCCUUAUUCAACCAAGUUCACCUUUUGAAUUCUUGGCAUAUAAAGCUAGUCGAAUGCAGCAUCAUAAGCAAUAAAAUUAGAGACUCCCGGAACUAAUCGGCAAAGCUGAUUGAUGAUAAAAUUCAUGAGAAAAUGGGACAGUUUACAGAUGUAGGUUUAUACCACGCCAUUUAUACAGUUUUUUUCCUAACAGGAGAGAAAAAGAGGGUACGAAAGAACUACGACUUAUUCCCUUCACUUUAGGACAGAGCAACUUGUUAUCGACCUCAAUCGGCCGAAGGAUUUCCCGUAAGCUUUGAAUACUUGGUUCUUUUUUAUAUCGGGACUGUCGGGAGAGUUCUUCUCUAUAUAACCCUCCCUUGACUUCACCAGUAUAUAUUUGGUUCAGAGCAACACAGCGUAGGCAUAGAAUUGCUGUGGAUAUAAGAAAGGAUCCAGAGCAUUUAAACUCUCACAGUUACACCAGAAAGCGUUGACAAAACCUUCAUUUGAUAGCCACUGCUUUCAAUAGAACGACUGAGCCUUUCAUAUCUUAUACUGUCAUCAUAUUUUUGAUGCAAGAGCCCACAGGGAAAUGAAAUACACAAUAAAAGCACUGAGUUUCUGACAGAAAA